GGGUUGAACUAUUUCCUAGCAAACUACAUCGUGCGACAAUCUCCACCCUCAUCUGGUUUUCUCGACUACGUACCCAGCAUUCUCACAUUAGACGAUGACGAUGAGAUUCUGCAGGGAGCCAUUCUAGCCGUGGGCUUAGCUGGAUUGGCCCAUAGCACCCAUCAGGCCGAUCUACGGAGUAGGUCAAGGGUCAUGUAUACGAGAACCAUCAAACGAAUGAACCAAGCUCUGUCAGACCCGCCGACGGCACGCCGGCAUAGCACGAUCGUCACAGUUCUGAUUUUGUCCCUCUAUGAAUUCGGCGAAUCAUCACUUAAUGGGUGGGAUCGGCAUAUCCAGGGUGCGACCUUGCUGCUAGAGCUGCGCGGCAAGGCCCAAUUCACCACCCCCGUUGGCCUUCAGAUAUUCAAUGACAUCUUCAGCCAUCUUCUGAUAAAUUGUCUACGCAUGGGAAGUGCCAUCCCCGCACCCCUCCGGAUGAUCCGCGCCGAGGCUUCCAAAGCAAUUAGUGCCUCCGACCCCUACUGGGUUGCCAGUAGCGGUCUCGUGGACAUCAUGGAUCUCUAUUCCCAGAUAGCCCCCGGAGGCUACGAUUUCAUCCAUGGUAGGGAAGUCGACAGUAGUGGAACUAGCACCGCAGAAAGGCAAUUGCCUAUCGACGAGCUAGAGCGGUACCUAUCCCAGGCUCUGGAUAUUGACCACCGCCUCGAGAGUCGAUUCUCGGAAUGUCCACCGGAGUGGCAGUUCACUGUCGUGCAGCUUGCUAGUCCAAACCCUACCCGGGUCCAUGGUGACGUCUACCAUAGCUAUCAUGAUGCCGGGGUCGUCGGUGUUUGGAACGAUAUGCGCACCUGUCGCGUCCUGGCCAACCACGCCAUCUGCCAUCUUCUACUACGAGGAGCCAAGUCGGACCCCAGUUGGUUCUUUUCCAGAAAUUACAGCGAUCAACUACAGGAGACUAGUCGAACGAUGAGGCGGAUUCGCGAUGACAUUCUGGCCUCUGUGCCCCAGCAGAUGAGCUACUUCCCUUUCCCUGCCCAGGAGCAAUUGCAGCCGGUGAACCUGGGGCAGUAUUUCAACCAAGCGACGAUAUCAGGCUCCAAACUGUCGGCUCUUUCGACUACAACUGUCAACGGCUUCAGCUUCGAGCGAUCUACGUAUACCGGCGCAGGAGUCGGUGCGUAUUUUGCCAGCUGGAUGCUCUUACUUGCCGGGUGUAUGCACACCAACUCGGAGGAUACGCGACAAUGGAUAGUAACACAGCUGCGACACAUCGGUCGACAAUCAGGUCUGGCUCAAGCCAACUUCUUUGCCACUUGCGUUGAGACAAGUACAGUCCGGCCGCCGCUGAGUACCUAGAAUGGAGUCUACUUUGGCUGGUGGUCAUGGAAAAAAACUCCAACUUAGCAUGAUUCUCUUUGUGAUUGUGCAUUAUGUUUCGGUUUC